UUAAGAAGCCAAGGGAACAAGUAGCAGAUGCAGAGGCACUAUUCGACCUUACUAGCACCUUGGUGGCCUCUGUUAAAUUACAUUCCAGUGGAGGUGUCAUCCCAUCAGAUUAUGUGUCAUGUUUGCUCAGGCACUUUGGGCAACAACUUGGAAGAGGACGAACUUCUGAGAAUAGCCCAAAUUUAAUCUCCUGGAAAGAUAUUGGGUUUGCUGUUUCACCCAUUUUCAGGAAUGGCAAAGGAUGCUGCACCAUGACUGGAUCCAUGAAAAAUGAACUCAAGCAACGGAAAGUUACAGUUUAUAGAAAACGUUCAAGAACAGCUGAAAGUGCUCGACCAGAAGAGGUUGAAAACGGGCAGAAUGUUCCAAGCUGUCCCUUUUAUAAGGGUGUUAUGAGCAAGCAUGCAGAGGACUCAGAUCAACUGGCAGAAAUUUUUGAUUUGGACUACUGCUUGAAUUACGAAGGAGGAGACUUGCUUAUACAGGUGUACGAGCUGUCUUUAGAUGCUUCAGUUUGUGCUCUGCGGACAAAGUGGUCAAUCUUAGAGCAACAGAUACAUAAAAUGGCUCUGUUUUUCCUUCUAGAGGAAACUAAGCUAAAGUCAGAGUUGAGGAAGGAUGCUGAACUUGUCGAUAUGACUGCAGAAGAGAGAACAGAUACUGACAAGAAUAUAUCAAUCAUGUUUGAGAUUUUAAGGAAGAAGAAAAGUGUUAACCUUGAGAGUCUAAUUUUGAACAGGAAGUCCUUUUCACAAACAAUUGAGAAUUUAUUUGUGAUGUCUUUCUUAGUGAAAGAUGGGCGGGUUGUAAUAGACGUGGAUGAAAAUGGCUUUCAAUUCAUUUCCCCAAGAAAUGCUCCAGCAGCCAGUUCAGUUAUGUCGGGCGAAGUUUCAUACAACUACUUUAUCUUCAGAUUUGAUUUCAAAGAUUGGAAGCUGAUGAUGGAUUUAGUCCCAGAGGGAGAGGAGCUGAUGCCACAUAGGGAUGAAUUGAACAAUCCAGGUUUUUCUCAAGCAGAAUCAGCACCAUAUGAUUCUGAUGCAGCAUUACGGAACACCAAUAAAGAAACUGUCAAGGAAUCGUGCCCUGGUCAUGGAGGAACAAUCAGUUACUGAAGACUGUCCUGAAAAUGGUGCUGGCAAUGCAUGUAUCCGCAAGUGCAAGCGCAAGCUGCAGUGAGGUAUUCUAUGCAUGUCAACUCCUUCUGGUUCAAUGGCACUAAACUUAUCUCAGGGUGUAGUUUUUGUGAUGUAUAUAGAAAGGUAGGUUGGGAAUUUAUUAGCCCUUUUGGAUCUUUUUUGCCUCUUUC